GUCUGGGAGGCCCCUCCUCUCUCCAGACUCUCCACUUCCCAUCUCUCCCUUCAUCCCAUUUGCUAUUGUACGUGCCCAAUCGCCGUAUACUUUCUGCAUUUAACUCGGGUGACAUUUUUAUUUCAUCAUUAGCAUCUGGCGCCAUACGGACGCAGUGAGCAUCAUUUUCACCAAGGAACUCUCGGAAGAUGAUCAGCAAGAUUAAUAUUGUUUAUCUCGCUCCGCAUUACUGUCUUUCGUUUUAACGUCAGUGCUGACCGUAAACAAGUUCCCACUAGUGGAAGAGUUUACCAAGGACCUUCAAACUGUAACCUUUUUUUUUCCCUAAAUUUUUUUCUUUUAUUUUUGUAUUAUUAUUAUUUAGCCUUUUUCAGAAAACAAUAUAACCCCGAAUUUCAAGCCAGCAUGCCCGAAACAACCCAGGAUACAUGUGCUUCGGCGAAAGACUCUCCAUUUUUCAUUAAAAAUCUUCUAAAUUCUGACAGUAAGCCGCCAAAGCCUAAGCCUAUUUUGGCAUCAACUAAAGCAGGACUUGAUGGCACCUUCUCGUUCUCUCAGGUUGGGGAAUUAAACUUUCCUCGCUUUGAGUUGCCGACCCAUCGCUUUGCGUUACCGGCUUAUCUUGAGCGUGCCUCGGCGUGGUGGUACCCGUACACACUCAGUGCAUCUGCGCAUCUCCACAGAGCGGAAGCAGCACAAAAAGCGAGGGUCUCCUCACCGAUCACAGGCAAUGACCGAGAUUCACCCGAGCUCGUUCUCAAAUCAGACCCGGAUGCCAAGGACGAUGAAGACGACAUCAAAAGUGGAGACGAGAUUGUCCUCGAGGAGAGCGACACUGAAGAGGGUAAAAAAGAAGGCGGUGUGGACGACUGGAAGAAGGGUGACGACGGCGCGGACAAGAAACCUUGCCGGAAGAAGAAAACUCGCACGGUGUUCUCGCGGAGUCAGGUGUUCCAGCUGGAGUCCACCUUCGACAUGAAACGCUACCUCAGCAGCUCAGAGCGCGCGGGCCUUGCUGCCUCGCUUCACCUCACAGAGACCCAAGUCAAAAUCUGGUUUCAAAACCGCAGAAACAAAUGGAAACGUCAGCUGGCCGCAGAGCUAGAGGCCGCCAACCUAAGCCACGCAGCGGCGCAAAGGAUUGUGAGAGUACCCAUCCUGUAUCACGAGAACUCGGUAUCUGAGAGCUCCAACACAGCGGGCAACGUGCCCGUAAGCCAGCCGCUGCUGACCUUCCCUCAUCCGGUUUACUACUCGCAUCCCAUCGUCACCUCCGUACCCCUCCUCAGACCGGUUUGAGAGGACUAGACAUUACUUUUUUUAUGUAACUAUGUAACUAAAACUAUUUUACAAAGACUCGAGAAGAGAGAAAGAGAACAGGGGCAAAUUAAACCAAGAGACGAAUUAUU